AUGGCUCUCUCUCAAGCAGCUGCCGUAAUCGAAAAGAUCAUUGGCCACACGGGCGAUGCCGAUACCGAACAGAACCUGAGCAACCCAUCCAAAGAUGCUGAAAGAUAUGCGGACCCUUCUGGUGAGAAGAUGAAAGCGCUGGUGUGGAACGGCAAGAACAGCGUCAAAGUCGUCGAGACCUUCAAACCCGCCAAGAUUGAAGACACGGACGUCAUUGUCAAAGUAACCGGGUCAACAGUCUGCGGCUCGGAUCUUCAUCUUUACCACGGUACGGUGGUUGAGCUUCAGAAGGGCGAUAUCCUAGGCCACGAGUUCUGUGGUGUUGUGGACAGUGUCGGCUCUAAAAUCAACAAAGUUAAGCUGGGCGACCGUGUAGUGUGCAGCUUCCAAAUCGCUUGUGGAAACUGCAUGUACUGCAAGCGCAAAUUGAGCAGCCAAUGCGAGAAGACCAACGACAAUAGGAUCGAAAACAUCAUGUACGGCGGUCGCACCGCGGGUAUGCUAGGCUACUCGCACUUCACCGGUGGUUAUGCUGGCGGUCAAGCCGAGUAUGUCCGUGUUGCAUAUGGUGAUGUCAACCUCCUGAGACUCCCCGACGACGUGCCAGAUGAAAAAGGUCUCUACCUAUCCGAUGUCUUAAGUACGUCAUGGAACGCUGUCGUGGACACAGGUGUCAAGGAAGGCGAUGUAGUUGCCAUCUGGGGCGCAGGCCCCAUCGGCCAGAUGUGCGCAGCCAUGUCGUUUAUGUGCGGCGCGAAGCGAGUAAUCAUCAUUGAUGGUGGUGAUGCCGCGUGGCGUCUGGACUUUGUGAAGUCCAAACUGCCCAAAGUCGAAACGAUAAACUUCACAGAUCUUCCCAAGGGCGAAAACAUCGUUUCAACCCUGAAAAAGAUGGAACACGGGGGACCCGAUGUCGCAAUUGAAUGUGCGGCGGGCGAGUAUGCGAAAGGCUGGGCUCAUUACUUUGAGCUGCUCCUGGGUGCUGAAACAGACACUUCAGAACUCGUCAAUGAGAUGAUCAUGAGUGUCAAGAAUUUCGGCCGCUGCGGCAUCACAGGCGUUUAUGUUGGCUACACGAAUCACUUCAACAUCGGAUCCCUCAUGGAACGCGGCAUACGGUUAAUCGGUAAUGGCCAAGCACCUGUGCAUUUGUACUGGGAAGAUCUGCUCAAGAAGAUACAAGACGGCAAUUUAGACGUCUUACAGAUGGUCAGCCAUCGAGUGUUGUUGGAGGAACUGGAGGAAGUCUACAAAAGAUACGACGCUCGUGAAAAGGGCCUCCAGAAGGUCUUUGUUCAGACAAAGUUCAGCUCUCCACCGAGCGAAGGAUCGCCUCAGUUGACAAAGUUUAGUACUGCAUAA